GUUGAAAUCUGUAACUCGUGGCGUGGCGGCGUGUCCGAUCCUCUCAAGAAAACAAGCGUACAAAAAAUGUUGCGAAAAUGCCUGACCACUUUGGUGGCCACCAAUCGUCGCCAGAUGCAGCCUCUGGCACGCUUGAUGCAUCAGCAACAGGGACUCGUUGGUCGACCACCAAAGAUUCUAAUCACGGGUGGUCUCGGCCAGCUGGGCAUCGAGUGUGCCAAGUUGUUGCGCUCGCAGUACGGCAGUGAAAGUGUCAUCCUCUCCGACAUCAUUAAACCCAGCCAGGCUGUGCUUGAGAAUGGUCCGUACAUCUUUGCCGAUAUCCUGGACUUUAAGGGACUGCAGAAAAUCGUUGUGGAUCAUCGCGUCGACUGGCUGAUACACUUCUCAGCUCUGCUGAGUGCUGUGGGCGAACAAAAUGUGCCUCUGGCUGUGAGGGUAAACAUUGAGGGUGUGCACAAUGUCAUCGAGCUGGCCAAACAGUAUAAGCUGCGCAUCUUUGUGCCCAGCACCAUCGGCGCCUUUGGGCCCGAUAGUCCCCGCAAUCCAACACCGAAUGUUACGAUACAACGGCCCCGCACUAUUUAUGGCGUUUCCAAGGUGCACGCCGAGCUCAUUGGCGAAUAUUAUUAUCACAAGUUCGGCUUGGAUUUCAGAUGUCUACGCUUUCCUGGCGUCAUUUCCAGCGAUCCACCAGGCGGCGGCACCACGGACUAUGCUGUUUCGAUCUUCCACGAUGCUCUGCGUCAUGGCAAGCAUACUUGUUACCUGAAGCCCGAUACACGCCUGCCAAUGAUGUACAUUGAGGAUUGCUUGCGUGCGCUGUUCGAGUUUAUGCGUGCACCCAGCGAGCAGCUGAAGCGUCGCGUCUACAACGUCACUGCCAUGUCGUUCACACCCGAAGAACUCGUCAACGAACUGAGCAAGCAUGUGCCUCAUCUGCAUGUUGUAUAUCAGCCCGAUAGUCGGCAGCUGAUUGCCGAUUCUUGGCCCCAGGUGUUUGAUGAUUCCGAUGCACGACGCGAUUGGAAUUGGAAGCACAAGUAUGAUCUUAACAAUCUGGUCGAUUUCAUGGUCAAGGAUGUGCAGGAGAAUUACAUCAAUGUGGAGAAUGGCAAAGCCACUGUUAGCAUUUAAGGCAUCGAGCACAACUGGGAAAACCGCAUCUAGUAUUCCACAGAAUCCAAUUGCAUUUAAACGAAGGCAUUUAACAUUUAUGUACAAUUUGUUUAUUUUGAAAAUAGAAAAUAUACUAUGUACUUGAUUUAAAUAAAGAACACGUUAACAAUUGC